CGGGAGGCAGUAAAGCCAAACCACCUUCUGGCAUUGCUACAGUUCAUUCCCUCUACAGAGAGUGGUAAUGAGCAUCUGCCAUCACACUGGGCAUAUUCCCCGGCCCUGGGAACGCAGCAUACAGAGUAACUAGGGUGGGUGGGGGCUGGAUUCCAGGUGAAAGCAGAGAGACAGCACAGCCAUGAGGAGGAUGGUGUGCCCUGCGGUGCCAAGACUGAACUGCUGGGUGUCCGGGGCCAGCAGGAGGAAGAAAGCACGGAAAAAGGGUUGCAUGAAGCCUGGAGGGGACUUCUGAGUUUCUUCUCUUUGGGUGUUUAGGACCCACGAGACUUUUACAAACUAUGCUUGCAUUUUCUGUUUAGAGACAAUGUCUUGGGAGCAUCCAGAAGGAUGGAUUGGGGGUAAACAGGGCAUAGGGGGACUAGUCAGAAGAAGAUUUUGCUAAUCCUGGCCCAGAGAAUGAGGAUGUAGAUUAAUAAGAAUCAGUGGGAACGAGGAGGCAGGGACUGAGCAGAAAGAGACAUUGAAUUGACAGGUGGCUGCCCCUGUGGCCUGAUGCGGGGACCUGGGACCAGCAUUCAGGGAGACGGACAGGUCACGCUCUCUCCUCCUCUCCCGAUCACCCCUUCCACCCCCAGCUCUUGGAGUCAGCUUCCAGCUACUAUGGCCUUCUUGGUGUAUGAGCUCCUGUUCACAUAACUGACCCUCUGUGGACAAAUAGUGUUAUUUCAUUCACUCCUGUAGAAAGACCAAGUAGCUCUGGGCCAUCAGGGAAAAGUAAAUAAAGGGCCCCCGUGUGUCUCAGUUGGAGUAAGUUUUGAUCUUACAAGAAGUGUGCAGUUCAUUGUAGGCAUAAAACUGGGAAAUCAGAGAUGAUUCUUUGCCUAAAACAAGUGAGACACAGACAGGAAGCAGGCAGAGACUGUAGCCCGAUACAGGGGCCAGAAGAAAGAAAGGGCCCACAGCUGCUUUGGGACUGAGCCCCAAAGAUGCUGUCAUAGGGGAGAAAGUGCCAGAAUCAAAGGUUCUCCUGAGGAAGGGAAGCAUCACACAACAGCAGAAACACCCACCAGCCUCUGUAUGUCGGCCUCCUCCAUAAAGAUGGGAAGGCAUUUCCUCAUACCCUCAGUCCAUGAAAACAAGGCUUAUCUUGGAGGGUAAUCUCAGGACUUCAAGGGAUAUUGAAAGGGGUUACUCCAGAGGCCAAAUAGGUCAGGAGGUAAACAAGGAUUUAGCGGAAACUCCUUCCUCUCCACCUAAUGUUCACAGAUCUCUCUCUCUCUCUCUCUCUCUCACACACACACACACACACACACUGAGGAAAGGAAAGUGGUCCUGAUGUUCGCCUACACACAAACUAUGGAAAAGUUGACUUGGAUUUGACUCACACAAAACUAUGGAAAAGUUGGCUUGGAUUUAACUCAUGAUCUGGGAGUCUCCGCUCUUGCUAGCUGCCAAAGAGAACGACAUCCAGGCUCUGAGCAAGCUGCUCAAGUAUGAGGCCUGUGAUGUCCACCAGAAAGGAGCCGUCGGGGAGACGGCACUGCACGUGGCCGCCCUCUAUGACAACCUGGAGGCCGCCAUGGUGCUGAUGGAGGCUGUCCCCGAGCUGGUCAAGGAGCCCAUGACAUCUGAGCUGUACGAAGGUCAGACGGCGCUGCACAUAGCGGUCAUGAACCGGAACGUGAACCUGGUGAAAGCCCUGCUCGCCCACGGGGCCAGCGUCUCUGCGAGGGCGGUAGGCUCCGCCUUCCGCCUCAGUCCUCACAAUCUCAUCUACUUUGGGGAGCACCCUCUGUCCUUUGCCGCCUGCAUGGGCAGCGAGGAGAUCGUGAGGCUGCUCAUUGAGCAUGGCGCUGACAUCCGGGCCCAGGACUCCCUGGGAAACACAGUGUUGCACAUCCUCAUCCUCCAGCCCAACAAAACCUUUGCCUGCCAGAUGUACAACCUGCUGCUGUCCUACGACAGGCGAGGGGACCACCUGCAGUCCCUGGACCUCAUGCUCAAUCACCAGGGCCUCACCCCCUUCAAGCUGGCCGGAGUGGAGGGCAACACUGUGAUGUUCCAGAACCUGGUGCAGAAGCGGAAGUACAUCCAGUGGACGUGUGGGCCGCUGACCUCCACUCUCUACGACCUCACGGAGAUUGACUCCUCAGGGGAGGAGCUAUCCCUGCUGGAACUUAUCGUCAGCUCCAAGAAGCGAGAGGCUCGCCAGAUCCUAGACCAGACGCCAGUAAAAGAGCUGGUGACCCUCAAGUGGAAGAGAUACGGGCGGCCGUACUUCUGUGCACUGGCAGCCACAUACCUGCUGUACAUCAUCUGCUUCACCAUGUGCUGUGUGUACCGCCCCCUCAAGCCCAGGACUGACAACGAAACUGACCCCCGGGACAACACCCUCUGUCAGCAGAAGCCACUUCAGGAGGCCUAUGUGACCCGCCAGGACCACCUCCGACUGGUGGGGGAGCUGGUGAGCAUCUUUGGGGCUGUCAUCAUCCUGCUCAUAGAGAUUACAGACAUCUUCCGAGUGGGGCUCAGUCGCUUCUUCGGACAGACCAUCCUUGGAGGACCAUUCCACAUCCUCUUCAUCACCUAUGCCUGCAUGGUGCUGGUGACCAUGGUGAUGCGGCUCACCAACACCAAUGGGGAGGUGGUACCCAUGUCCUUCGCCUUGGUGCUGGGCUGGUGCAACGUCAUGUAUUUUGCGCGAGGAUUCCAGAUGCUGGGCCCCUUCACCAUCAUGAUCCAGAAGAUGAUUUUUGGCGAUCUGAUGAGAUUCUGCUGGCUGAUGGCCGUGGUCAUCCUGGGUUUUGCCUCGGCCUUCUUUAUCAUCUUCCAGACAGAGGACCCCAAUGAGCUGGGCCAUUUCUACAAUUACCCCAUGGCGCUCUUCAGCACCUUUGAGCUGUUCCUCACCAUCAUCGACGGCCCCGCCAACUACGACGUGGAUCUGCCCUUCAUGUACAGCAUCACCUACGCUGCCUUCGCCAUCAUCGCCGCGCUGCUGAUGCUCAACCUCCUCAUCGCUAUGAUGGGCGACACUCACUGGCGUGUAGCCCACGAGCGGGAUGAGCUCUGGAGGGCCCAGGUUGUAGCCACCACUGUGAUGCUAGAGAAGAAGCUGCCGCGUUGCCUGUGGCCUCGCUCGGGGAUCUGCGGGCACAAGUUCGGGCUGGGGGACCGCUGGUUCCUACGGGUGGAAGAGAAACAGGAUAUCAACCAGCAGCGUGUCCGGCGCUACGCCCAGGCCUUCUGCCACCAAGGCUUGGAGGACGACAUGGAAAGACUGUGGCUGGGUGGCCCCUUGGGACCCUGCCUGUCGCUUCCUACCCCCUCGGUGUCUCGAAGUACCUCCCGCAGCAGCAUCAACUGGGAGAGGCUACGGCAAGGGACCCUGAAGUCAGAGCUGCGGGGGGUGGUCAACAAGGCUCUGGAGGACGGGGAGGGCUGGGAGUACCAGAUCUGAGCGCGCCUCCCGCCUCCCGCCUCCAGCCUCCCACCAAAGUCCAGAUCUCUCACCUGCCAGGUCAGGGCGGGGGCGUAGAACAGAAUACAGGGAAACCGAGGAGCAGGCUCACGCCUCGCCCCAAGCACAGGGCCCAGCGCGAAUAGGGACCCAGCUUCGCCCACCCCGGCCUUACUGCCCUGUCUGAACAAAGCACUUUACAAAAGGCUGGGGUGCCACCUCGGGCACCAGCCUCCAUCCAGGGUCACAGCCGCAGACAGCCGCAGAGGUCUGGGGAGGUGUGCCGAGCAGAUGGGUACCACUGGGAGGGGAUGGGGUGUGACACUGCCUCCAACCUUCCAAUAAAGCCACUUCCUGUUCGC